UAUUUUACCCUUUCUUUUUCACAUCUAUUUGUUUUGUUGUCUGCAAUUUUAUUCAAAGAAGAAGACUAUAAUAAACGUAGUCAAAGGAACAAUAAUAAAAUGAUAGCAAGCUUAAUAGGGACAAAGGACCCUACUAUUCAAUGUGACAUCUUAUUUUAUCCACAAUAUCAAAAUGACCAUGGACAGGUUGUCUGCUAUCCUGGUUCAGUCUUUGAAGGCGUAGUUAAGAUUAAACUACAAAACUCUAUGCCUAUCCAUCAUAUAAAACUCGUAUUCAAAGCAGCUGAGAGAGUAAACUACGAUGCUAUGGGUUGGGAAAAAUUAACAAAGACAAACGACCGUUUAUUUGCUGUACGCACCAUCCUCUGGGGAUUACCUUCAAAUGUAAAUGUACCAGUAGAUGCCUGUCCAAUUUUGGAAGCUGGUGAACACCAUUUCCCCUUUGUCUGUCAGAUGCCCGUCAUCAAUUUCCCACCUACCUUUCAGCAUCAUCUUAUCGCCACCACGUUCGGUAUGAUCGUGUCAAUUGAGCGGCCGAAUAGCAAACCGAUCCUUUCUAAGCCUGUACCUUUACAAUUUCAACCGAUUAUUGAAACGAUGCCAGUAAAGAAUUUGAAUGGAUUCAAAGAACAAACGAAACUCACACAACAAUUGUCAGCUCAGGUGCUGAUUCCAAGACUGGCCUAUAGUAUUCACGAAGAUCACUUAUCAGUACCACUGACUGUUCAGUUCCUAUCACAGGACGAAACCAAUCUGACCGGCGUGUCACAGUUACGAGCUUAUAUCAAAUGUUACUAUCAAAUUAGUUACAAAACCUUUUCAAGAAGUGAAGUGACCACCGUUGCAGACUACCUACAAUCCAAGCUGCCUUCUAAUUCACUUUCUAUUCAGUUAAGAAUACCAGACAAGGAUAAACUGACGCCUACCUUGACUUACUCAAGACAUCUAACAGUUGAAUAUAAACUUGUUAUCACUGUCAAGGUGCGACAUGGUCCAUUGAAUAUAAAAAAGAAGCUGUUUGAGGCACCCAUCAUAUUUGGUACUUUACCACCUGGAACAAGAGCACCAAGACAACUGGAAGCUUAUUCUCAAAUAGUGGACAACACAUCUGCUCUACAUUCUAAACCCACUUUCUUACGACCUGAGCCUGUAAACGAAGAGGAAUUUUUGCCAGCAUAUGAUAGUGAAGAAAUCCCACCUGCAUAUCGUUCUAAUAUACCAAGCACUAUCAACUUGCCAACCACAAGUAUUCAUGGUUAAUCUUGUAAAUAAUCAUACAUUAUUUAUUCUCUUACCACUUCAUCUUUACCAUCCUUCCUCUUCUUUAUUUCCCCCCUUUAUUUGUGUUUUAAUAUUAAAUAUAUCCUUAUUGAUGUGUACAAGAAACAAAAUUGUCACAUGAGCAAAGAUAACAUAUUUAGACGUGGUGUCCUCAGUGAAAGGCAAACACUUGUCAUCCAUCUUUCUUUGUUAAACUUGCACCAAUAAGCUCAGCUACCCAGCAUUUAUCAUUUUAACACACAGUUACACCAAAUCGUCAUUUUCAAUCCUUUAUCCAUCACUAGACUGACCCCACUUGCACAUCAAUACACUAGAAACCUGUUCCAUGCCUGCAAUUUCUUCAAAAAUGAUAAAUCAGAUCAUCAUUUGUUGUUUAAAACAUAAAUAAUGCAUAUUGUAGCAUUACUACAAGUGGUAACAAUAGUAACAGUAGUCCAGGUAACUGUGGCUGUAAGUAC